AUGACGAUGCGAUCUCACCCGUGGGCGCUUGUUUCUCGGGCCCACAACUGGAGCGCCACCAUCUGCAGCGGCUCCGGGAAUGCCACCCACAAGCUUCAAUUAAUGGUCACUGUGUCCCCCGGCAAUCUGCUCUGCACGGAAUCGUCAUCUCCCCCUACGUCUAUUCGCGCGGCUCUGCAAAUGCUGCAGGAUCGUGCACCCUGGGCUCACAACGCUCGCGGCCGAGCCCUGGCCAUGGCCUGCUCCAGCUCCUCCCAGCCACCCCGGGGACAGGGACGGGAACCGGCGGCGACGGAGCCAGCUCAGGGGCCGGUGACCUUCGAGGAGGUGGCUGUGUAUUUCACCAGGGAACAGGGGGCUCUGCUGGACCCUGCUCAGAGAGCCCUCUACAGAGCCGUCAUGGAGGAGAACUACGAGAAUGUGACCUCGCUGGGGCUUCCACUUCCCAAACCUGAUGUGAUCUCCCAGCUGGAGAAAGGGGAAGAGCCGUGGGUCCCAGAUCUCCAGGACUCAGAAGAACAAAGGAUCCGGAGAUGCACCUGCCCAGGUGGUGGGAUGGGGAGUGAGAACAGGGAGUGGAAGCUUCAGCAGACGGAUGCUGAGCAAGCGGGACCAGACAGGGUGUUAUUGCGAAGAGCCAAAGGGAAUGUGUCCCGACGUCUUGAGCAAGGACAAUCUUGUGAGAGUCGGCACAGGCCAGCGAGGCAGCGGACAAAGCAGCCAGGGGGUAAAUCUGUUAAUUGUCAGGCAACUCACAAAGACCUCAAGGGAACCACAGGCCAGCACGGAGUCCUCGCAGGCGAGAGAAAAAAACCCUGCACCAAGUAUGGGAAAAACUUCCGUAGACGCUCGCACCUUAUUAAUCAUGAGAGAAUCCAUACGGCAGAGAGAUCUUAUGAAUGCAGCGAGUGCGGGAAAAGCUUCAAUAAGCGUUCAAACCUGAUUAGACAUCAGAAAAACCACAAGGGAGAGAAACCCUACAAAUGCUGCGAGUGCGGGAAAAGCUUCAGUGAGAGCUCAAUUCUCAUUACUCAUCAGCGAAUCCACACAGGGGAGAGGCCCUAUGAAUGCGGGGAGUGCGGGAAAAGCUUCGCUCGGCGCUCACACCUCAUUAGUCACCAGAGAAUCCAUACCGGAGAGCGACCCUAUGAGUGCCGCGAGUGUGGGAAAAGCUUCAGUGAGAGCUCAAACCUUAUCAGACACCAAAGAGUCCACAAGGGGGAGCGGCCCUAUGAAUGCUGUGAGUGCGGGAAAAGCUUCACUCAGCGCUCAGCCCUUAUGUCACAUCAGAGAAUCCACACGGGGGAGAGACCCUAUGGAUGCUGCGAGUGCGGGAAAACCUUUGCUCAGCACUCAGCCCUUGUUACACAUCAGAGAAUCCACACGGGGCAGAGGCCCUAUGGAUGCAGUGAGUGCGGGAAAAGCUUCACUCAUAGCUCAGACCUUAUUAGUCAUCAGAGAAUCCACACAGGCGAGAGCCCGUAUGAAUGCUGUGAGUGCGGGAAAAGCUUCUCUCAGCGCUCACACCUUAUUACUCAUCAGGGAAUCCACAGGGGGGAGAGACCCUACGCCUGCUCUGAGUGCGGGAAAACCUUCACGCGGCGUUCAAACCUUAUUACCCAUCAGAAAAUCCACAAGGGAAAUCAUCAACCAUGGUAG